AUGGGGCUCUCUUAUAACAUCUACAUCAACUCGAAUAAGAUAUUCGGCUGCAAGCACUGCAAAACUCAUCUUGCAGAUUAUCAUGACAUCAUCAGUCGGAAUUUCCGUGGACAGCAUGGCAAGGCCUACCUGUUUGAAAAUGUUGUCAACAUCAACGCCUCGGAGUCUGAGGAACGCAACAUGACAACAGGCAAACACGUUGUCCGUGACAUCCACUGCACACAGUGCAACGAGACCGUAGGCUGGAAGUACGACAAGGCCUACGAGACGUCAGAGAAGUACAAGGAGGGCAAGUUCAUUCUGGAAGCUGAACUGCUCUCCGUCGUCUACUGA